AUGGCGAAGGAAGCAUUCUUCAAGUACAUCAAGCCAGCACCGCUGACUCAGAAAGUGACAACUCGAGAUGGCUGCGUCUACAUGUAUCGUGUGAUGAAAUUCAUUGGCUGGAUUCCGCCUAAGAAAGGUCCUAUUUUCUUGCGGGGUCUCUACUACUUCUACAGCUUUUUCACCUUUACAUUUGGAGUUAUUUAUCUGCCUCUUGGAUUCGCACUGAGCUACUUAAACGAGUUCGACAAAUUUACACCCGAUGAGUUUCUUACCUCGUUGCAAGUCGCCUUAAAUGCAUAUGGAGGAGCAGUAAAAAGCAGCAUUACUUACAUUAAUCUGUGGCGUCUUCGGAAAGUCGAAAAUAUUUUAGAUGAAUUGGAUGAACGCGUAGACUCGGAUGCGGCUCGUAAGAAGUUACACAAAUCUGUGGCUUUGAGCAACUUUGUGUUUCUAUUCUUUACAAUUGUCUAUAAUGGUUAUACUGGAUCUACUUUUCUGGCUUAUUUGGCCAGUGGUAGACCACCUUGGUCAGUGUACAAUCCAUUCAUAGAUUGGCGCGACAGUCUGUUAAAUCUGUUCAUACAGGCAAACUUCGAAUACCUCAUCAUGUCCUGGGCCGUAAUACAGGAUCAACUGUCUGAUACAUAUUUGCUCGUGUUUAUUAUUUUGAUUCGUGGUCACUUUAAUCUGUUAAUGGGUCGCGUUCAAAAUCUGCGCACCGACCCCAAUAAGUCAGACGAUGAAAACUACGAGGAUCUGGUAAACUGCAUCAAUGAUCACAAAAAGAUUUUAGAAUGCUGCAAACUACUUCGUCCAAUGAUAUCGGGCACUAUUUUUGUGCAGUUUGGAUUAAUUGGAUCUGUUUUGGGAUUGACAUUAAUUAAUAUAUUCUUCUUUUCCAAUUUGUGGCGUGGUUUAGCCUCAUGUGUUUUCGUUCUUGCUGUACUGUGUCAGACAUUUCCCUUCUGCUACAAUUGCAAUUUGCUAAUUGACGAGUGCCAGGAACUUGGAGUUCGUAUAUUCCAGUCAAAUUGGAUCGAUGCUCCGGCCCGAUAUAAAAGCACUCUGAUUCAAUUUAUGCAUCAUGUCCAGCAGCCAAUCAUGUUCAUGGCUGGCGGAAUUAUUCCUAUCACCAUGAACAGCAAUAUCACAGUGGCCAAGUUUGCAUUCAGUAUUAUUACCGUAGUGCGGGAGAUGAAUCUUGCUGAACAGUUUAAGUAAACUGAUGUAUAACCACUCUCUUAG